AGGGGUAGGCUCGGCGUACGAAGAUCGCAGUAAUCGCCGGAUCUCAUCUCGAGGAAACGCGAGUUCGCUGGUUCGCAAUAUGUUCGCACGACUGGUCCUGGUCUUCGCGGCGAUCUUCGGUUUCGUCUAUGCGCGAAACAUCGAGUGCUGCGAGUCCGAGACUUCGACGAUGCUCGACGGGGCUGCCGCUGUCGAAACCAUGGAACACCAGAGCGUGCCAGGGACGGAGAAUCAGCAGCAGCCGGUUCACGUGGACAUCUUGCCGCGAACGAUAACCAGACCGGCCGCGAGUCACGCGCACGCCGUUCCGACGCAUCCGAAAAAAAGGGCGAUCGGCGACAAGCGAAAGGAGGAUCCGCAGCAGCAGCAGAUGGAUCCGCGGCCGGGUUGUUGCGGUUAAGAGAACGAGUUACAAACGCAACGCUUACAAAUAGUACUUAAGUGCACGCGAUAGAUAUCUUUUACUCCGACUUUUCUUGCUUGUCUUUCGUCGGUCGUCAUCGGAUAGCGAACGCUGAAUAAAAUAUCGAUUGCCGUAUUAUUAACGAA